UAGCCCUACUGGACAGUUUCAGAUGUAACACUCUGUAAUAAUUAUAUUGCAGGCUGGAUUAGGAUGCUAUUAUCAUAAUCUGGACGUUUACAAUUAUCUGUAAUUUGCAAAGAUGCGCCAGGUCUUGAUUACAGCAGGUUUUUUUUAUCAAGCUAACCAUCACUAAACAGUGACAGUAAUAACAGCUAAUUUUGCUGGCAAUAUAAGAGGUGCUGGGGUGUGCAAACAAUUUCACACCUGGAUGUGCUCACUCAACCAAGAAUAUAGAGAAAGAGCUUCUGCCCUGAGACUCAGAAAAAUAUUCUCCACUGCUUCUGUUCAGUACAGAUUUCUAGACCCCGAUCCUUGCUUAGCAGAUUUUCUGAGGGGUGGUUUCCCUCCCCGGCCGGCCCCCGACAGAGAAGCGCCCCCUUUCCCCCGAUGCUGCCGGGGGCGGCGGGGAUGCGGCGGGAGCCCCGACGGGACGGGCCGUCGGAGGGGCGGCGCGGGACUCGGCGGCCGGCGGAGAAACCGUGCGACCCCCGGGCCAGCCCCGUCCGCCCGUGCCCGCGGCGGGGCGGCGGCAGCGCGCCUUUCCGCAGCUCUCCGCGGCCCCGGGGCGGCGGAGCCCGGCGGCGGCGGCGGGCGGCGGAGCCGGCGCUGGCAGCCCGGCGGCGGCAGGUUUGGUGCCGGCGUGGGGAGCUGCCGCUGCUCCAUCCAUAGAUGACGCUGUUUCACGAGAGUCUCCCGGGGCGGCUGCCGCGCGAGUGGGAGCCGCUGCUGCCAUUCACUCCCACCCCGCUCCCGGGAAGGCCUACCUUUCCCACCUUCUCCCACGCCGCUAAGCUAAUGGGGCUUUUAUUAUUAUUGUUAUCGUUUAUUUGCUCGCUCGCUCGCUUGUUGUCCGGGCUUUUUUCUGAGCCUAUUUGAGGAAUCGCUCGCGGGGGAGGAGGGCACGACGCAGCCAGAGGCUUUCCGCGCCGGCACCCACGCGCGGCGGGCAGGGGAGGCCGAGCCCCCCGCCGGCCCACGGGAGGCGGCGAACGCCCCGCGCCCCCGCCCCCGUGCCCGCCGCCGGCCCCGCCGGGAGCACGCAGCGAAAGGGUUAAAGCGCCCGCGGGAGCCGCCGGGCCGGGCUCGGCUGGGCCGGGCUCCCCGGGCGGCGGGACUCGCUCAGCGGGGCAUCCGCCGCCCUCCUGCGAGGCGAGGGGGAGCCCGCGCAGGGGCCGGCGUGGGGGGAGAGGGGGGUGUAAAGCGGGGUUUUCUGAAAGAUGCACACAAUGCUGUUGGUUUAAAUGUAUGGUAGCUUUCUCUCCAGUGUCAUUUGAA